AUGGUCUCCCAAAACCUCAUCGCCUUCCUGGGCCUCGCCUCCACCGCCCUAGCAACCUACAGCCCGCAGGCGCUAAAGAACCUACGCGACCUACGCGCAGAGCACGUCGUCGUCGAGGUGCGCGAAGCACAAUCAUCCAGCAGCGACAGCGCCCUCGCCAGCUCGUGCUCGUCCUCAGCAGAAGCCAUCAUCACGGACGCGCCGCAGCCGCCGGCGAGCCUAGAAUCGUUCUUCGCAUCGUUCGCGGCGACGGCCGACCUAACGAACCCGAGCGUGCUGUGCCAGAUCACGGCGGCGGUGCCGUCGUCGCUGACGGCCGCGUACAGCUCGUACGACCAGCAGGCGAGCAGCUGGUUCAGCGCGCACAGCAGCGACAUCGACGCCCUCGUCUCCAAGUGCGUCGGCGAGGACGGCGCCGCCUCCAUCUCCCAGGCCCUGUCCGCGCUCGACGUGUACGCCGCUGGUAGCUGCACCGGCUCCGUGUCCAAGGGCCUGGCUGCGCGGCCGACUGGUGUGGUUGCCGGUGCUGCUGUUGCUGCGGCGGGUGUUUUGGGCGCGGCUGCGGUGUUGUAG